UUUUUAACAAAAAGGAUAAAAUCAUAAGGAAAACAAGUCAGAUAUAGCAAUCACAGGUACCGUAGCUGUCUAAGUCAGCCCAGAGGUCCUUUGUAUUUUCACUAGAAACAUCUCUUCGUGUGAACUUUGCAAAGCUCUCACUUGGUAAAAUUGACACCUUUUAAAAUUACCUGUUUAUCUAAAUAAGCAUAUGUUUGUGCAGGACUGAAAGUCAUACUGAUACUAAGGGAUGGUAAAUUAUUAUAAACAAAUGCAUGCUACACCAAAAAAGUUAUCAUCAACAUUACUAGUACUAUUUUGUGUAUGUGUGUUUCAGGUGUCUCUUGAAAAUUCUGGAAUUUUGUGUGUGAAUAUAGCUUCUUCAGUUUCUGCCAUCACAGAAGCAGCCAGUCAGAUGGAGAGUAGGGCAACAAAUGCUUCAAAAAAAGAAAUUAGCAUUCAGUGGUAUAUUCCUUCUCUGGCAAAGCCAACCAAUGAUACAGAGACUAAGAUUUUGCUGCUUUAUGCUUAUAAUACAGAGCCUGUCAAGAUCAGCAAUGUCAAGUUUUUCAGUUCAAUGUCUGUGUUUUCAGGUCAGUUGUGGAUUCCAUUAGCGAGAAUUAUUUCUUUGAAAGAGAAAUUAUCUAAUCUGAAACAUCAAGUUGAAAAACUGAUGCAAAGUUUGGGAAACUCUUCAGCUGCAGAACCUACAGGUUUUCUUGAACAAAAUGAAACCCUGAAAACAACUCCUUCAGAGAAAACUGAAAUGAAUAUUGCAAGAGUGCAUCUUGAUGAAAAAACAGAAGAAAUGGCUAUAAGGUGCUUAUCUGAAGUCAAAGCCCUGCUCUCUGCUGUUCCAGUCAUGACCUUGCCAUUAACUGAGAUUCCAUUUGACAUUACUUUGCAAUCAAUAGCAAGUUUGGAAGAUAUGUUUGAUCUUGCAAAUGGAUGUACAAUAACUGAAGAAAGUCUUUUCAGUUGGAUCAUAUCUCUUUUCCACUAAAUUCUGUUUUUGCAAUAACUCAAUCAAUUGCUGGUUGUUAAACAUUUUGAUUUCAGUUCUGGUCUUAACUAAACAACUUCAUUUAACUUC